UCGAGCCAUCAUCGUCUUCCUCUUCUUUCUUCCCCUCCCCCACUCCUAUCCUUCUCCCUUAAGUGCUCCAACUACCCAGUAGUGCCCACCAACCCGCGAACCUUCUAGAACACGCCAUCGGUUGAGCGAGACGGAACCCUAGGCGAGCGUCGGAGCUUGGAGGGGACGGACGAUGCGCGCCCGGUGACCCUCUCGGGCGGCGGCGGCGGAGGGUUUGCGGGGGGAUGGCAGUGGCGGCUGAGGGUGGGAGCGUGGAGGAGGGCGUGGGGGAGAGCUCUUCUCCUCCGCGUGAGGCGCCGCCCGCGCCCGCCGUGUCGGGCGGGAGCGGCGGAGGCGGGGGAGCCCCCCGCGACAUCUGCACCCAGGUGUUCGAGCGGCUCGUCGCCGACGGCAACGAGGAGGCGGCAGGCCCCGACUUCCGCGUCCAGCUCGAGGCCCAUUUCGCGCGGCUUCCAUUCAGCUAUCAACUUGAUAUCAAUGUCGACAAAUCAGCAGAUGUCUUGGUCCAUCAGAAGGUCUUGGCGGAAGCAAAGGAUCCUCUGAGGCGCCCUGCUUUCCGUGUCCGUUUUUUGAGGGUUGAAGACAUGGAUUCAGCGUAUGGCUCUGAUGCAUCUGAUGAAGGGGCUGAUGAUGGUGAUGAUCUCUCUGUAAGGCAGGACACACCAUACACACACAUUCAUGAGAUAGUUUUCUCCACAAUUGACAAGCCAAAGCUCCUUAGUCAGCUGUCUGCCUUGCUAUCAGACAUUGGACUGAACAUCAGGGAAGCACAUGUUUUCUCUACCGUAGAUGGCUAUUCUCUUGAUGUUUUUGUUGUUGAUGGUUGGCCCAUUGAGGAUACUGAUGGUUUACAUAAGGCGCUUGAAGCAUCUGUUUUAAGGAACGAGGGUUCAUGGUCUGGUUCAUCUCACUCCUCAGCUGCGGAAAGAACACUGCCAUUCCAGGUAAAAGGUGGGGAAUGGGAAAUUGACAAGCGGCUUCUGAAGAUGGGAGAGAUGAUUGCUUCUGGUUCUUGUGGAGACUUGUUCCAUGGGACUUACUUUGGCGAGGAUGUUGCUGUUAAAGUUCUAAAAGCCGAGCAUUUGAAUAAUAAUGUUUGGAAUGAGUUUACACAAGAAGUAUAUAUUCUAAGGGAAGUUCAUCAUACCAAUGUUGUGCGAUUCAUUGGUGCAUGCACAAAACCACCAAAAUUUUGCAUAAUUACAGAAUACAUGUCUGGAGGAAGUCUGUAUGAUUAUGUGCACAAGCAGCGUAAUGUCGUUGAUCUCCCAACUCUGCUGAAGUUUGCAUGUGAUGUAUGCCGAGGGAUGUGUUACUUGCAUCAGAGGGGUAUUAUCCACAGAGACUUAAAGACAGCAAACCUUCUAAUGGACAAAGAUCAUGUUGUUAAAGUAGCAGAUUUUGGUGUAGCUCGGUUCCAGGAUCAAGGUGGUAUCAUGACAGCUGAAACUGGAACAUACAGAUGGAUGGCGCCUGAGGUUAUAAAUCAUCAACCCUAUGAUAACAAAGCAGAUGUAUUUAGUUUCGCUAUUGUGCUUUGGGAACUCCUGACGUCCAAGAUCCCAUAUGAUACCAUGACACCUCUGCAAGCAGCUGUAGGUGUGAGGCAGGGGCUGCGCCCAGUGCUGCCAGAAAAGACACAUCCCAAGCUAUUAGACUUGCUGCAGAGAUGUUGGGAAACCAUCCCAUCAAAUCGGCCUGCUUUCCCAGAUAUAUUAACUGAACUAGAGGGUCUUCUGGCAGAAGUUCAGGGAACUUCAGGUGAAACGAGCAAGCAACCGAAGGACAUCUCGGCCUCGACAGACUGACCCUCUGCACAUACCUGACAUACUAGGAUCCGGAACACUGAUGUUGAGGAAUGUAGCAUAUCAUUUUUGGUUUUGGUUUACCUUUUGUUAUGUACAAUUUGAAGAGUCGUCUUUGGGCCUCAUGUUUUUUUCAGGCUGUGUCUCACUGUUUCUACAAAGAAAAUCGAAUUAUCUGUUGAGUAUACUGGUCAUAGCUUUGGUCAUCUCUUGUUGUGAAGGAUGUUUAUAUCUCGUGUAUCAUGUACACCAAGUUGUCUUUUCUGGUGAAUACAGCCAGCCAAAUGACAGGAAUCAUGUUUUAAUCU